AUGAAAACGCAGGUCUGGGGGAGCUCCCCGCGGGCGCCCAUGGCUGCGGCGAUGCCGUGCAAGAGCGCGGAGUGGCUGCAGGAGGAGCUGGAGUCGGGCGGCGGCCGCUCGCUGCUACUGCUCGACUGCCGCCCCCACGAGCUUUUCGAGAGCUCGCACAUCGAGACGGCCAUCAACCUGGCCAUUCCCGGGCUCAUGCUCCGCCGCCUCAAGAAGGGCAACCUGCCCAUCCGCUCCAUCAUCCCCAACCACGAGGACAAGGAGCGCUUCGUCAAGCGCUGCAAGGCCGACACCGUGCUGCUUUACGACGAGGCCACCGCCGACUGGCAGGACGGCGGUGCCGCCACCUCCGUCCUGGGGCUCCUGCUCCAGAAGCUGCGUGAUGAUGGCUGCAAAGCCUAUUACCUGAAAGGUGGCUUUAACAAGUUUCAGACUGAAUAUUCAGAGCACUGCGAGACAAACCUUGACAGCUCCUCACCCAGCAACUCUCCCCCAGCAUCGGUCCUUGGCCUGGGAGGGCUGCGGAUAAGCUCUGACUGCUCGGAUGGCGAAUCCGACAGGGAACCCAGCAGUGCCACUGAGUCGGACGGAAGCCCCAUCCCUAACAAUCAGCCUGCCUUUCCGGUCCAGAUCCUCCCUUACCUGUACCUGGGCUGUGCCAAAGAUUCGACCAACUUGGAUGUCCUGGGCAAAUAUGGCAUUAAGUACAUCCUGAAUGUGACUCCCAACCUGCCAAACAUGUUUGAGCACGAUGGAGAGUUCAAGUACAAGCAGAUCCCCAUCUCAGAUCACUGGAGCCAGAACCUCUCACAGUUCUUUCCUGAGGCCAUUGCUUUCAUUGAUGAGGCCCGUUCCAAGAAGUGUGGGAUCCUUGUUCACUGCCUCGCUGGCAUCAGCCGGUCUGUUACAGUCACUGUCGCCUACUUGAUGCAAAAACUCAACUUGUCCCUGAAUGAUGCCUAUGACUUUGUGAAAAGGAAAAAAUCCAACAUUUCCCCAAACUUUAACUUCAUGGGCCAGCUCCUGGACUUUGAGAGGACUCUGGGACUCAACAGCCCGUGUGACAACCGCUCGCCCAGUGAACAGCUCUACUUCACCACCCCCACCAACCACAACCUGUUUCAGCUGAACACUCUGGAGUCCACAUGAAGGGGACACCACCUGGUUGGGAACUCGAGCAUUGAAUUCGCUUCUCUUGAGCAUUUCAACUCUUACAAAAGUAUCUGUCUUGCCAGGCAGCUCUGAAAGGACUAGCUUCUCUGGGCAGAGGUGCCUGAUCGCUGCUUUAAGAAGGCUAAUGCCGUUCAUUAGUGUCCUGAUCAAAGUGGUUUGAAGAGGUAGUCGUUUGGCAGAGGGUCAUUUACUACGGGCGAUGUUACAGCGUUCUGAGCGCAGCUGUUACCGGCAAUAACCGCUUUCCUGGGUGCAUUGGGACUGUCAGAGCACGCACACACGUGAAGAGCUACCAAGGGGUUAGCUUGCUGUGGAGAGUGAGGAGAUUUAUGCACUUGGAAGCCUUGAACAAAAGGUGUUGGGCCAAGACUGUU